AUGGACCAUUUACUUGACGAAUGCUUAACUGGAUGUAAUGCAAAGCCAAAUUUUAUAGUGAAAUAUGUUGAUGACAUAUUUGCGGUUAUGGACAAAUAUAAAGUCGCAGACUUAUUAUUGAUCCUGAACGGAUUCCACUCCAAACUACAGUUCACUGUUGAAAACGAAAACAACAGUUCUAUAUCGUUCCUUGAUGUCAAAAUCCACCGUAUGGACACUCAAUUGUCAUUUGAUUGGUUUCAAAAACCAACAGCAUCAGGACGUUUGAUCAACUUCCGGUCCAACCAAGCCAGACACAUAAUCUUCAACACAGCUUCCAAUUUAAUUAACAAAGUUUUUACGUUAAGUGACGUAAGAUUCCACCAUUCAAAUACCAUCAAAGUGACCAAAAUUUUAAGCGACAACGGUUUCCCGCCAGAAAUUAUUCGUGGCUUAAUUUUACAACAACAAUGCAGACGCGCUAAACAACAAAGUGAGGAUAACAACAAAGGAUACUUCAAAAGCAUUGUUUACGUUCCAAAACUGGCUGAGAGUUUUAAGCAAGUUGUCACCAAAAACAUCCAAGAUGUCCGAUUGGCUUUUAAAUCUAACCAGACAAUUAGACACCUUUUCACCAAACUAAAGACCAAAAUAGACAGAGAUAAACGCACUGAUGUGAUUUAUAAAAUAAACUGCAAAGGAUCUUCUGAUACAUCCAAAGACCAUUGCAACAAAACUGUAGACAUAUUCGAGGACGUUACUUCACCGGAUGUCACCAAUCAGAAUAUCGGACGUCCUUUAACAUGUUGGUAUCGUUUUCGUAGUCUACGUGGUUCGCCGAGAGAUUUUGUCCUUCGGCUGCGAUUUAAAAAAUUCAAAGUUGGCACUCUCAUCAAUGCCACCCACUGUGAUGGAGGAUUUUUACAGAUUGUUGAUGGUAAUGCCAAAACGGACGUAUCAAAUCGUCGAGAGCCGGGAAUGUUUUGCGGUGAAGCUGAACAACCACAAACGUUCAUUAGUGAAACGAGCUAUGUCAAAGUCCUUUUCCAUACCGAUAACUUCACGGAUCAGACUUACUUUGCUUUUGACUCCAGAGCUGAACAACAAAUGGAAGUCUACUUACGUUAUGGCCAACAUCCGGAGCUCUAUCCGAAUCGAAGAGGUGAAGUUGUUCAAGGGUGCGAAAACGUAAUGACGUGUCCUAUAAGACCCAUUGGUUCUGGAAACGAACACUGCCCAUACGAUUGGCUGGCCGUUUACGAUGGACGUGACGAACAUUCGCCACUUAUUGGAAAAUUUUGCGGUCUGGGAAAGUUUCCAUUUAGUAUAAUCGGUACAUCCCAAUACAUGUAUGUUGAAUUUGUGUCAUCUCCCGCUGGACCACUACUGAAUACGGGAUUCCAUUUUAAUGUUGGAAAUUGGCCAGGACACGUGGAGACGGCAGGCAUUAAACAUGGUAUAUGUGAUUGGCUAUUAAGUUCGGAUGCUUUAAAGGACAGCAGUGCAUCGGAGGGUAUAUUCCUUAGUAUCGCGCAUUGGUAUCCACCGAAUACAUCUUGUAGUUAUCACAUUAAAGGACGAACUGGAGAAAUUGUCAGAUUGUACUUUCCAAGUUUCCGAAUUAAUCGCAUCGAGUCACCCAUCCUCAAAUACGAUGGAGAUUGCGGUGAGUCCCUCACCAUAUACGACUCCUCGAAGCCAGAUCCUGCCAGAAUAAUAAAAACCUUCUGUGAUACAUUUUCACGACCGAUGGAAAAGGUGGAUUUCGUUAGCACCAGCCCAUCGCUAUUCGUGCAAUUCGAGAGCAAAACUGGCUCGUACAGUGGCAGUUCAUUAUAUUACUGGGCGCACUAUGACUUCUUCAAUAACACCCGUUUUGGUGACCCCGUUCCAAAUACCCUAUGCGACGAAGUGAUGUACGCAUGGAAACAUCCGGGUGGAAAAAUUCGCUCACCCAUGAACUCUUUGAUAUUCAAACGGACCGGAGGCAGUGAUGUGCGCUGCCAGUAUAAAUUCGUCACCGACAAGCGACUCUAUGCACGUGCGGUCAUUGAGGUCACAUCAGUGUCGUUCAAGGAGCUGCCGUACAAUGUGAACGCCUGCACCCGCUGCCACGAAGAACGUGUAGACAAAUUGGUCAUCUGGGAUGACAGGGACAAAUUCCAAAAUAAUCUAGCGUGUUUCUGCGAUAACAUACCACGUGCGGUACGUGUCAUCUCAUCCAGUGACAAUAUGAAUCUCGAAAUGAUUGUCCAAGGCCAACAUGCGAUAACGAGCUACUUUAAGAAUCCAAAUCCACUGUUCGAGGCAAAUUAUGAAUUCGCUCACGGUCCACUUUGUGGUCCAAUUACUUUUGGGCCAUCGCCCGAUGGUGAGCUAGUCUUCCCGUAUCGCAAGGCACUCGGUUUAAUUACACACAACAGUCCCGACCAUCAAUACCGACGUGAGAAGUGCAUUUGGGAAUUGAAGGUUGCCGCCCAGCGUGACCUGUGGUUGCAUUUGGAAAAGGCCCGCUUUGGUGACCACACAUGCGAGAGUGCAAAAAUUGAAGUGUAUCUAGCCGGCCGACUCGAGCCGCGAUUCAUCGUUUGUCCCGAAAAUAUAUCGCUAGCCCGUGAUCUGCCUAUUUUGUCGGCAGCCGAUUUAGGCGCUCUCGGCACGGAUCAGGAACCACUGCCAGUUCUCAUCCAGUACACAGGCGAUGGCCAGCCAGGCAAAAAUGCAUUCCGAUUAGUUUGGACAGAACUAUUUCAUUUACCGCGAAAUCCUGACGGAAGCCUCGCAUCCUCCCUGCUGCAGGAUGGCGAUUGUGACUUUAAAUGUCCGGGCGAUACGCUAAUUUGCAUACCAAAGCAUUUGGUCUGCAAUGGGGCAAUGAAUUGCCCCAAUGUCACUCACCUCUCCACCAUCGAGCAAUUAACGCAGCACAUCGAGGAGAACCUCCAAAAGUUGGGCAUCAUCAAUGAUAAGUUGCGAUUCGACCAUCAGGUUGUCCUGCAUGAUGAAUCACCAGAAAUUUGCCUGCGGAACAAUGAAAUUGCCGAACUACCGUAUGGGAAGCUCAUACUUAUUACAAUAGGCCUUAGUCUUGUCCUGUCAUUAUUUUUGGCAAUUGUUUGCCGGAUGUGCAGAAGCAGGAGAUAUUAGGAUGCAAAUAGAUUAUACGCGUAUAAUAAAACAAAAACACAGAAACAAAAAACACUGACCCAAUGUUCGUUGUCAAGCACACUGUCUUAGUUAUUAAGUGACAUCACACAUACAGGGUGAGUCAAGAGUGACUUCUUAAUUUAAAGUGAAAAGAGCUUUAAGAGAUUUAAUAUUUUAUUAAUAGAUAAUUUAUUUUAGGAUCACAAAGUAUGAGAUAUGGAGUUUUUUAGGGCAAGGAAAUAAGGAAUAUUAUUUUCCUCCUAUUAGGAACAUCUUGAUGCUCACAGAGGAGGUGUUUGUGUAUAGCACCUUUAUUUCAGGAAGAAUGUUUUCCUUCAGCGGGAGAAUAGUGGUGGGCAUAUUAAAGUUUACUUAAACAUUUAAAUACCCUCAGAAAAAAAGUCUGGUGCAGUAAGACCCCAAAAACGUGGAAACCAGUUAAAUCCUCAAUUUCUGGAAUUUACUUUUGACCCACCCUGUACCAAACAUAAUACACAUACACACAAAUAAAAAUAUAUUAUAUAUAUACAAAAAUCUAAUACAAACACAAAAUAAUACAUACAAAAAAAAAAAAAACAGAAAUAAAAACUUAUAUUUAAGAAACUGGAAUUACCUAUAAGAUUUAGGCAUUAAAGUGUGGCAGUUGUGCUGCCGUGAGUGUGUUUUUCAGUUGUAAAAUCGUUGAUUGUAUUUUGAAAAUUUUCCAGUUUAUUUUUUGCACAUAGUUGUAGAUUUUAGAAUAAAACAAAUUGAAA